AUGACCCGGGAAGCUGGAAAGGAAGACACUUAUAACCAGGAAGACCAUCAGGUCGCCUACAUAUUUGACCCCGAAGGAGAUGGGACACGCCAGAAGCCAGCCAAGCGCAGAAGGGUAUCCAAGCAGGCUCAAGAGGUUUCGGGGGCUGUUGAAAAUGCAUCACCUUUUGUGCCGCUGCUCAAUGGAGCCGAGAAGCCUGAGCUCGUGCAACUGAGGGAGACCCUUUUCCAGGAGAGCUGGGCCAAGAUUGGUGAUCGUAUUGAGGGGAUUCUCAAAACUUCAAACCUAGAGACGCUUGACCAAGUAAAGGAUUUUGUGGAAGAUGCAAAGACGGAUUGUGGGGACAGAAUCCCUUCGGCGUUCAUCAUCACAGGCCCCAACAUUGCGUCACAGGAUCUCCUCUUUCAGCAGCUAUCCGAUGCUCUCCAGCAGGCAACCCCCAGCAAGUUUGUGAGGCUGCGGUCGUCAGAGGCAUCAACGCUCAAGGCGACGCUGAAGAAGAUUAUCCGCGAUGUCACAGCAAAGGUCUCGGACGAGGAAGAUGACGAUCUGCAUGUUGGAGAUGGCGGAAAUGGCCGACGAUAUCUCGAUUAUGACCUCGAGGCAUUGCAUGCAUUUGUCAACCCUCAAGGUUGUGAGCAUAUCUUUGUGGCAUUCCAGGAUAGUGAAGGAUUUGACAGCAGCCUUUUGUCUGAUCUGGUCAUUCUCUUCAAUUCCUGGCGCCCGCGUAUCCCUUUCACUCUGCUUUUCGGCAUCGCCACAUCCGUUGAGCUUCUCCAAGCCCGGCUGCUCAAGUCAGCAUGUCAGCUGAUAUACGGAGCACAAUUCGACGUCAUCCAGACAUCGGCGAUCCUCGAAACCGUCUUCAAAGCUGCCGUGGCAGCAGCUGAUGCUCCAAUCCUCCUUGGAACGUCUCUUCUCCGCAGCAUGCUGGACCGGCAGCAUGACCAAGUCUCAGGUAUUCAGACAUUCACAAUGUCGUUAAAGUACGCUUAUAUGUGCCACUUCUACGCCAAUCCUCUCAGCGUCCUAGGACAUACCUCAUCGUUGCAAGCAGAGCACACAGAGGCCUCGCGGCAUGUGAGCUCGUUCCGGGAACAUCUCGAACAGGCCGUCGAAUCUGGCAAUCUAGAGCAUAUACAAUACGCCAAGGACUUACUUGAGCGUGACGAUUUUCUUACAGCCCGGGUAGAAGAGAGCCUGGCCAACAGGGACGAAUCGAUCAAAGACUUUUUGCGUGCCCUGUUGAUAAUACAGGAGACUGAUGCCCAAGACGGCGAGUUCUCAAGAGCCUACGUUGCGGCCAUGGAGGACGGCAUCUCAAUCUCUGAGGAGUCACGAGCAAUUGAAUCUGUGCGACGGAUGGAAAUUAACGAGUUGAUGGCCAUGGUUCGCAAGGUUAUUGCUAUCCUACGAGAUGGAGAAGUCGACCUGUUCCUUGGGCCGGCAACGAAACCAGCGCAUAUCGAACUACAAGAUGCUUUGACUAGACAUCUUGUGGAACUUGAAGAGCUACACUCGAGGGCAGAGGAGCAGGGCAUCACGCUGCGAAGCAAGUACAGCGGCCAGAGCAAAGUGAUGAGAACUACGGUUAUCGCACAAAGAGUCCAACUGAGCCGCGACUCGGCCGCGCUGACAGAAGAGGGCAAGCAGCUUACUCGGAUCGUGGACGACAUGACGGCGCUUCUUACGACUCAUUUGCAUGCACCCAAGCCCAGCUCUCUUCUACUGUCUGAAAGCUGGUUAUACGACUCUCGAGCUCCCUCGCGAGAUGUCUUUGUGCCUCGGCCACGCGCCGUCUUGGAGCGCAGUCUCACAAGACCGCACGACUACCUCUCAUGCUCGUGCUGUAAACCAGGUGAGCAAGACACAGCUGCAAUGCUGCCUGCGACGGCGCUUCUUUACCGCCUAUACCUUGAAACCGGCAGCCUCAUCAACGUGGCAGAUUUGUGGGCGGCGUUUGCGGCAUUAGUCGGAGACGACGAGGCAGACGAGCGAAAGACACUGGUCAAGUUCUACCGCGGACUGGCCGAGCUGAGGGCUUUGGGAUUCGUCAAAGCAAGCAAGAAGAAAGCGGACCACAUUGCCAAGCUGAAGUGGCUCUAA